ACGUGGCUAAACAACGGCUCACGUGACCAAACAACUUCCCCACAUGUGUCAGUGGCGAACACACAGCUGAAAAGAUGUCCGAAAACGGUGAUCCUAACGAAAUGGCGGAAGAUGUGAAUGAACUUCUGCUGUCUGCGGCUAUGGAUGGAUCAGUUGAAGGCGUCAACGCAGCAUUGGAAGCUGGUGCAGACAUUGACUUUGACCAGUUGGAUGACUGGAACCCGGGCGAUGACACAACCUUACCUCCAAGCACGGCAUUGCUCAUUGCUUGUCAAAAGGGGCAUGUGGACGUAGUGAAACUGCUUCUCCACAAGGGGGCGUCGUUAGUGAAGAGAUCUAUGGGGGCAUCGGCUCCCCUUCAUGCUGCAGCGUCCAAUGGGUGGACAGAGAUAGUGGACUUACUUGUGCAGCAUGGUGCAACAGUAGACAUACAGGACGGCUUCUACGAUACACCAAUCAUUGGGGCAUGUCGCUACAAACAUGUCGACACAGUUCGGCGACUGAUUGAGCUUGGAGCGAGACCUGAUUUGACCAACGGUCACGUAGGCCAGAAGUGGUGGAGAGAAGUUGAAAACUAUGAUUCUGUGGAAGAGAGUGUAAAGCUGUUACAAGAGGCAAGGAAGACCAAGCUGUUGAGAUGCUGCAACCCUAAGUGUGGUAAACCAGGCUACAGGAAAACCCUGAAGCUGUGUGCCGGGUGCAAGCUGACCCGCUACUGCAGCCGUGACUGUCAGAUACAACACUGGUCUGUUGGACACAAGAAGUGCUGUGGGCAUGACGCAUACACUGAAGAACGACCAGACUUGGAGAAGAAAUUUCUUUUGUACAUAGGACAACAUCUACAAAUAGAAAGGGUGGUAUUUGCUUAGGAGCAAAUUCAGCUAUGCAUAUACCGAGUAUCAGCAACAUAUAUACCCGGCAUAUAUUCCUUUCCCGGCAUUCCGUUACCUACGGUACGAAGAGUGAAAAUAACAAACAUGACUCUUGUAUAAUACAUUCUAUAUGAAGCGAUAGAACUACAGCCAUAAUCAGUAAACAAAGUACAUUUAACAAGCUACAUCAUGAACUAACAAUGCCCCACAAACCUAAUCAAGCAUGUAACGCUAGUUCACCUUAAUUCGCGGGGUAACCAUUAUUCGUUGUAUGUAAAGCGGAGCAUUUAGAGAUAUCAAGUCGACACGAGUAUUUUAGACUGGAAUGCUAUGAAAAUAUUGCAAUUUGAAACCAACGUCCGUCAACUACAUAUCACUAAAUAUCUCGUUUUUAUAAACAACGGAUAAAGGUUGCCAUGUGGAUAAAGGUGAACUAGCGUUAGCUCUUUCUUGCUAUGGACAUGAUUCAGUUGUCUCAUUCUACGUUUUACUGAUUUAGUAAGAUAAAUCCACUUAAGUUGAAGGAUUCUGUAUGAUGUAUUAACGUAAGAAGAUAUAACAGACAGUAAAAGGGUUUGUUGGGUCGUUGAUACCAUCUACUUGUUCACCAAUUUGAAAAGGAGAAAUAGUCGUUAAUAAUUGUGUAAGGACUUUGACAAGUGUACUUCUAGGAAAGGAUACAAGGACGCCUAUUUAUGUCUGCUUGCAAGUCGCUACUAUUGGUCAUACAUUGUUGAUUGUUCAUUGCGAUAUCCGUACGUUUACAAAAAGGAUGGCGGCCGAGACUUGAGUGUUCGCGCUCCCGUUAGUGACGUCAUUUCCGGUUUGAUGUCCUAGCAAAGCCGGACCCGCGUUUUCGGUGACAGGGUGUUCAAAACUUGUUUUUAAUAGGAGAACCGUGUGCUUUUUUAGUAAAUGUCAUCUCCACUAGAUAAAGCUACGUUUGUUGCAGCUUGUUUGCAUAUAUUCUGAAAUUAUGGUUUUUAUGUGUCACAAGCUGUUUGAUAUGUAGAUGGUCAGCUUAAUACUUCAACAUAAUUGUUCUAUUGCAGUGAUCUCUUGACGUCUGAUCAUUAUGUUUGAAUGUCUACCCUAUAUGAAACACACACACACAAUUGACCAUUCCUAUAAAUCAAUCCUCACCUUUAUGCCAAGGAUAUCAUUUUUACAUUCUGAUGGACAUUUUAUCACAAAUUGUACUAUGUACUUUUUGCUCAUAAAUAAACAAAUAUUUGCCCA